GAAAAAGAAGUUUAAGAACAUGAUGAAGAGAUUCCCUCUUGGAUCUGAACUGAAAUAAUAUUCUGAAUUCAAAUUCAGCGUCCAUAAUAUUCGUUUUAUUUUACAGUUAUUGUUGACGAAGUUGAGUUGAGCCGAGUAAGUCUUGUUUACUAUUAACUGUGCAUUAAUAGUAUUUUUUGAACACUGUUCUUGUGAUACAGUACUCAGUACAAUUGCACUGCACAGAUUUAUUAAAAAUAUUUAUUUGAAUCUGAAAAUUAGUUAAAUUAAAUGGCGACUCUAGACAACAAAUCUGCAACUGCAGAAAUUUCUGAACUGAUAACUUCUACCUCCAUAAGUAAAGGAGAAGAUGUGUUGAAGGUGCGGUCUGUGGUUUUAACUGGAAACGGAUCUUAUGACUUGAUAAAGGUGAUAGAAUGGCCCUUGAUGACCAAGUGUGCUGAGCACGAAGUGAGGGUCACAGUUGAGUUCUGUGGAGUCAACUUUGCGGACGUUUACCACAUGAAGGGCAAUGUCUUGCAGUGGCCUGUCCCUUAUGUGUUGGGGCUUGAAAGUGCUGGCAAGGUGACCCAGGUGGGAUCAGCUGUCCGUAAUCUGCAUGUAGGUGACAGGGUGGUCUGCUAUUGCCCUAAUGAGGCUGGAAUGUUCCGUGAGUCUGUGGUAGUUCCUUCUACCCACUGUUUUGUCAUCCCUGGAGAUAUCUGCACAAAGGUGGCGUGUACUCUGAUAGCCAACUAUCUCUCAGCUUACUUUGCUUUUUUCAGCUUCGGCAACCUUCGUUCUGGACAGACAGUCCUAAUACAUUCUGCUGCUGGAGGUGUGGGGUGGGCGGCAACACAACUAGCGGCCUCUGUGGUGGGCAAUGUUCGAGUGUUGGGGACCGCUUCAGAGAACAAGCACCAUGAUAUUGUCACCAACGGGGUCACAGAAGCUUUCACCUAUGAGAACUAUUCCACACACAUCUUGGAUGCUGAGGUGGACAUUGUCAUUGACAACAUCGGUGGAGAAAACGUUAAGAAGAGUGUGGAUUUACUGAAACCAUUCGGGCGAGUUAUAUUAACAGGAGUUAACUGUGUGGUACAAGAGGAUGAAUCCAAAGUGGCGAAAGCUUUUGAAUCAAUAGCGUCUAGUGUGGUGCCAAUGCAAGAGUUGGUGAUGGGCAACAAGUCUGUGUGUGGUCUGCAUUUGGGCACUUUGUUGCGAGACAACCCUAAGACCUUCCACACUGCAGUCGAACAAAUCUUCUCUCUGUGUCAGCAAGGAUUGAUAGAACCACGGAUACACGCAGUCUUCCCCCUUUCCAAGGCAUCAGAAGCAAUCAAACUACUAGCUGAGAGAAAAAACAUUGGGAAGGUUCUUCUUAAAGUGGAAUGAAUAUAACAGUCUAUCUGACGUUGGUGUCAAGUUCCUCUAGAGUGAUGUUAUAAGCUGCCGUCCUUGUUACAGUCUUGAAAUGUUUUAAACAACAAAAUUGUUUAUAUAUUUGUAAUCAUUGAAUUAAAUUAUUGUUAACCUUUUACUAUUUUUUGUAACAGAAAUAUAUUUAUUUGCUGAUUU